AUCCAAAUUUCAAGUUUAGGGGUUUGUUUACUCGUGUGAAAAACAGGUGAAAAAGACACCAUUUUAGAUCUUUGGAGUUACGACUGAAGACAAUUUCCCCAUUUCUACAAGAUUAGAUGGUCGAUGGAGCAGGUAUCCGAACUAGGCGAUGCCCUCCCAUGUACAUUUGAACCAGCUAUUCACAUUGAAGUCUGCCAGAAUCCCUGCAGCACUGCUAGAUCAGGAGUUUUGAAAGAACAUGUGCUGCCAUUCAUAAGAAGGAGAAAAACUGCCUAUGGUGAUGUAGCUUUUCGAGAAUUUGAUGAUCCCUUUCUACAAGAACAUGUUCAGUCAAUUUCAAUUACAGACACUGACAUAAGUCAGCCUGACAGAAAGGCAAUAGACCUGGGUGUGGCUCAGCUGGAAAUCCAUGUUGUCCUGCUACAUGAGGAUGGUCCUGGAUCAGAGGAGCUUGAGGAGGAGGACUUAUCAGCUGCCACACACUGGCUCCUCCCCGCUAAGGAGUUCUACAACCUCUGGGACUCCUUAGUGUUUGAUGAGAAUAUCAAGGGACAGCUGUUACAGUAUGCCAUGACUACAUUGCUCUUCUCAGACAAGGCUGUCAAUACUGACGUGAUAUCAUGGAAUAGAGUGGUCCUACUUCAUGGUCCCCCAGGCACAGGGAAGACGUCUCUGUGUAAGGCCCUGGCUAACAAGCUGUGCGUGCGGCUGUCUGACAGAUACACCUACGGUCAGCUGAUAGAGAUCAACAGUCACAGCCUCUUCUCGAAAUGGUUCUCUGAGAGUGGCAAGCUGGUGAUGAAGAUGUUCCAGAAAAUCCAGGAGUUAAUAGAUGACCCAGAAGCUUUAGUCUGUGUUCUGAUAGAUGAGGUGGAGAGUUUGACAGCAGCCAGGAAGAGUGCUAUGGCAGGUACAGAGCCCUCUGAUGCUAUACGUGUGGUCAAUGCGCUCCUUACACAGCUAGAUCAGAUCAAAAGGUUCUCAAAUGUGAUCAUCCUGACCACGUCUAACAUAACUGGUGCUAUAGACCUGGCCUUUGUUGACAGAGCUGACAUCAAGCAGUACAUAGGUCUGCCUUCAGCUCCUGCUAUCUACAGGAUCUACCUCUCUUGUAUCAAUGAACUCAUGCGGACAGGGAUCAUCAGCCCCAGCCAACAGCUGUUAGACCUGAGAGCGCUGGAGCUAAUGAGGUUUGUGGAGAAUGCAGUCACCAAAUUCAGCCUCCAGCUCAGGGAUGUGGCCAUACGAAGUCAAGGAUUAAGUGGGCGGUCGUUACGAAAGUUACCCUUCAUAGCACAUGCAAUAUUUGUUCAGACACCAACAGUACCAUUAGAAAAGUUCAUCUCAGCUUUGGGCUACGCUGUGGAAAGACAGUUCAAAGAAUGUCAGGAUCUUUGUAAAGAAUAAGAUUGAUCUCCGAAUUAUAAAGUUCUUGUACAUUUAUCAGAAACUUUUGUAUAUUUUAAAAUUGUAAAUCUGUUAGUAGAUGAAAGCCUGUGUAAGCCCCCCUAAAUAAACACUUCUUAGCCAUGGUAGGGGCUAAAAUUCCGUAGGCUAAGUCAGCUGUUGUUGGCUGUUUCCUUUGGGCUCUGCCCACUUUCGCUCACUGAUUAAUGUGAGGCUGCCAUGGUAUAAGUGAAAGAUUCGUGAGUAUGACAUAAAACCCCAGUCCUGUCAAAUAUCAGAUAAAUAAUAACCGAAUCAUUAUUAUGUUCUACCUGUGAUAAACUGUACGAGACUUGUAUGAUGAAUUGAUGUAAGAGUCAUCCAAUAAUGAAUCUAACAGUAAUCUUGAGUUGAGUGGAUGUACACAAGUAGAUGUAUCUCUUCUUACCAGUGUGAUGACACCAGCCCUAUCAUCUCGAUGUGUUCUUUACAUUAAAACAUGUAAACAAGCAGUGAUUGGAAUAAAGUGCCAUUGUACAUUUAGUUGAUAUGAGGGGGAAAUGUUUAUGGAAUCUUGUUGCCAAUAUCAAACAUUUUAAGGUCCCAGUAGUUAACACCACACCAGUCGAUCCAGCCAUACCAGUUAUGUUUUUAUGACAACCCUUGCGUAUGUAAUGUUAGUUUACCAAACUGACCUGUCCGUAGCAGAAAUAAGAUUUUAAUUUUCUGAAUGAGGUUCAGUAGUGACCUUCAAAAAGCUCCAUUUAAGGAUACAUGAAACGCUUUGGUUUUGCUUCUUAACAGUAAAAAGAAAUUUUUCAUCUUUCAGAUUGGGGGUUAAAAAUUGGCUUCAAAGUACAGUUUUCUUAAGGCUACAACUGUCAGUCCAGAAAUUAAGUAGCUUGCAGCGGUGACAUCAGUGAUGAUCCCUGCAAAAUAUAGAGGGGUAAUUAACAGGUACCCCCAAAAUGAAAUUUUUUUAACAAAAAUUCUGGGGCAUAAUUUUCUUCAUUUGGCAUAGAAACAUAAUCUUAAUUUUAUAGUUCCUUUUCAUUUAUGGUGCUUAAUAAGUGAGAAUGAUUUACAAGGAAAUUUAAGAAAAAUUGAUCUGUAAAAGUAGAACCAUAUAAGAUGAAGUAAAGGUUUUGUGCACCGCAUUGUACAGAGGUGCUUUAGUGUGUGACUUACAGAUUGGAAAUUUUCUGACAUUCAUGUACUAAUAAUUUUUUAACUCCAAAGUAUGAGUGCUUGUACCCUAAUUCUUCAAGCUUUUCAACUGUCUCUAUGACAAAUAUAUUUGAAACAUUCUCAUAUAACCUUAGAGAGAGAGGAAAUAAUUUGCAGUGUUAUGAAGCUUACAUCUUUAGUGACAAACAGAUCCUUUUAUCAUCAUUUACAAAUGGUAGAUAUGAGCCAUUACUUAUUAUUAAAAAAAAUGUUGACUAGGGGCCUUUGCUGGCUCAUUCAGCUAAAAUAUUCUCAGAGCAGCUAUCACAGCUUAUUCGGCAGCGACAAAACCAUAUUAUAUUCCUGGCAAAGGAUAGUGGUUUACUCCUGGCUUCUAAAUCAAAUGAAAUAUAUAAAAUGAAUAAAUAAACAACCUAUGAAGCCUCUCCACGAGAACGUUAUGUACACAACAUGUGUAGUUAUCCGAGAUGUAACAAACGUGACUUCCCACAUAAUUGAUGGUCUGUUUAUGCCUGGGAUUUGAUCCCAUUGAAGUAUGCUAUACAUGUAUACAUAUUCUUUUAUAACUGUAAAUUUUCAUAAAUUUUAUAUCUAACAAUUUCUAAAUCAUAUGUACAAGCUCAUAUUGAAAAUGUGUACAUUUUUUCCGACAAAAUAA